AUCUUGAAUUCAGGAUUUUGGAAAACUAAAAUCUUGAAAUCGGCAAAAAUCUUGAAUUCCGGAUUUUGGAAAGCUAAAAUUUUGAAAUCGGCCAAAAUCUUAAAUUCAGGAUUUUGGAAAGAUAAAAUCUUGAAAUCGACCAAAAUCUUGAAUUCAGGAUUAUGGAAAGCUAUAAUCUUGAAAUCGGCCAUAAUCUUGAUUUCAGGAUUUUGGAAAGUUGAAAUCUUAAAAUCGGCCAAAAUCCUGAAUUCAGCAUUUUGGAAAGCUAAGAUUUUGAAAUCGCACAAAAUCUUGAAUUCAGUAUUUUGUAAAGCUAGGAUCUUGAACUGGCAAAAUCUUGAAUUCAAGAUUUUGAGAAGCUAAAAUCUUGAUAACGGCCAAAGUCUUGAAUUCAGGAUUUUGGAAAGCUAAAAUCUUGAAAUCGCCAAAAUUUUCAAUUGAGGAUUGUGGAAAGCUAAAGUCUUCAAAUAGGCCAAUGUCUCGAAUUCAGCAUUUUGGAAAAGUAAAAUCUUGAAAUCGGCUAAAAUCUUGAAUUCAGGAUUUUGGAAAGUUAAAAUCUUGAAGUCGGCCAAAAUCUUGAAUUCAGGAUUUUGGAAAGCUAAAAUCUUAAAAUCGGCCAAAAUCUUGAAUUCAGGAUUUUGGAAAGCUAAAAUCUUGAAAUCGGCCAAAAUCUUGAAUUCAGUAUUUUGGAAAGCUAAAAUCUUGAAAUCGGCCAAAAUCUUGAAGUCAGGAUUUUGAAAACCUAAGAUUUUGAAAUUGCACAAAAUCUUGAAUUCCGGAUUUUGGAAAGCUAUGAUCUUGAAAUGGGCAUAAUCUUGAAUUCUGGAUUUUGGAAAGCUAAAAUCUUGCAAUUGGCCAAAAUCUUGAAUUCAGAAUUUUGAAAAGCUUAAGUCUUGAAAUCGGCACAAAUCUUGAAUUGAGGAUUUUGGAAAGCUAAAAUCUUGAACUCAGCCAAAAUCUUGAAUUCAGGAUUUUGGAAAGCUAAAAUCUUGAAAUCGGGCAAAUUCUGGAAUUCAGGAUUUUUUAAAGCUAAAACCUUGAAAUGGGCCAAAAUCUCGAAAUCAGGAUUUCGGAAAGGUAAAGAUUUGAAAUCGCACAAAAUCAUGAAUUCAGGAUUUUGGAAAGCUAGGAUCUUGAAAUGGGCAAAAUCUUGAAUUCAGGAUUUUGGAAAGUUAAAAUCUUGAAACCGACCAAAGUUUAAAAUUCAGGAUUUUGGAAUGCUAAAAUCUUGAAAUCGGCCAAAAUCUUGAAUUCAGUAUUUUGGAAAGCUAAAAUCUUGAAAUCGGCCAAAAUCUUGAAUUCAGGAUUUUGGAAAGCUAGGAUCUUGAAAUGGGCAAAAUCUUGAAUUCUGGAUUUCGGAAAGCUAAAAUCUUGAUAUCAGUUAAAAUCCUGCAUUCAGGAUUUUGGAAUGUUAAAAUCUUGAAAUCGGCAAAAAUCUUGAAUUCAGGAUUUUGGAAAGCUAAAAUCUUGAAAUCGGCCAAAAUCUUGAAUUCAGGAUUUCGGAAAGCUAAGAUCUUGAACUGGGCAAAAUCUUGAAUUCAGGAUUUUGAAAAGCUAAAAUCUUGAAAACGGCCAAAAUCUUGAAUUCAGGAUUUUGGAAAGCUAAAAUCUUGAAAUCGGCCAAAAUCUUGAAUUCAGGAUUUUGGAAAGUUAACAUCUUGAAAUCGGCAAAAAUCUUGAAUUCGGGAUUUUGGAAAGCUAAAAUCUUGAAAUCGGCCAAAAUCUUGAAUUCAGGAUUUUGGAAUAAUAAAAUCUUAAAAUCGGCCGAAAUCUUGAAUUCAGCAUUUGGAAUGUUAAAAUCUUGAAAUCGUCAAAAACUUGAAUUCAGGAUUUUGGAAAGCUAAAAUCUUGAAAUCGGCCAAAAUCUUGAAUUCAGGUUUUUCGAAAGCUAAAAUCUUGAAAUCGGCGAAAAUCUUCAAUUCAGGAUUUUGGAAAGCUAAAAUCUUGAAAUCGGCCAAAACCUGGAAUUCAGCAUUUGGAAUGCUAAAAUCUUGAAAUCGGCCAAAAUCUUGAAUUCAGGAUUUUGGAAAGCUAAGAUCUUAAAAACGGCCAAAAUCUUGAAAUGAUUAUUUUGGAGAGCUAAAAUCUUGAAUUCAGGAUUUUGGAAAGCUAAAAUCUUGAAAUGAGCCAAAAUCUGGAAUUUAGGAUUUUGGAAAGCUAAAAUCUUGAAAACGGCAAAAAUCUUGAAUUCAGGAUUAUGGAAAGCUCAAAUUUUAAAGUCGGCGAGGAUCUUGAAUUCAGGAUUUGGGAAAGCUACAAUCUUGAAAUCGGCGAAAAUCUAGAAUUCAGGAUUUUGGAAAGCGAAAAUCUUGAAAUCGGCGAAAAUCUUGAAUUCAGGAUUUUCGAAAGCGAAAAUCUUGAAAUCGGCGAAAAUCUUGAAUACAGGUUUUUGGAAUGCGAAAAUCUUGAAAUCGUCCAAAAUCUUGAAUUCAGGAUUUUGGAAAGCUAAAAUCUUCAAAUGGGCCAGAAUCUGGAAUUCAGCAUUUUGGAAAGCUAAAAUCUUGAAAUCGGCUAAAAUCUCUAAUUAAGGAUUUUAGAAAGCUAAAAUCUUGAAAUGGGCCAAAAUAUUGAAUUCAGGAUUUUGGAAAGCGAAAAUCAUGAAAUAGGCCAAAAUCUUGAAUUCAGGAUGCUGGAAAGCUAGGAUCUUAAAAUGGGAUAAAUCUUGAAUUCUGUAUUUUGGAAAGGUAAAACCUUGAAAUCAACCAAAAUCUUCAAUUCAGGAUUUUGGAAAGCUAAAUUCUUCAAAUCGGCCAAAAUCUUGAAUUCAGGAUUUUGGAAAGCUAAGAUCUUAAAAACGGCCAAAAUCUUGAUUUGAUUAUUUUUGAAAGCUAAAAUCUUGAAAUCGUCCAAAAUCUUGAAUUCAGGAUUUUGGAAAGCUAUAAUCUUGAAAUCGGCCAAAAUCUUGAAUUCAGGAUUUUGGAAAGCUAAGAUCUUGAAAUCAGCCAAAAUCUGGAAUUUACGAUUUUGGAAAGCUAAAAUCUUGAAAACGGCCAAAAUCUUGAAUUCAGGAUUUCGGAAAGCUACAAUCCUGAAAUCGGCCAAAAUAUUGAAUUCAGGAUUUUGGAAAGCUAGGAUCUUGAAAUAGGGAAAAUCUUGAAUGCUGGAUUUCGGAAAGCUAAAAUCUGGAUAUCGGCCAAAAUCUUGAAUUCAGGAUUUUGGAAAGCUAAAAUGUUGAUAUCGGCCAAAAUCUUGAAUUCAGGAUUUUGGAAAGCUACAAGCUUGAAAUCGGCCAAAAUCUUGAAUUCAGGAUUUUGGAAUGCUAAAAUCUCGAAAUCGGCCGAAAUCUUGAAUUCAGCAUUUAAAAUGUUAAAAUCUUAAAAUCGGCCAUAAUCUUGAAUUCAGGAUUUUCGAAAGCUUAAAUCUUAAAAUCGGCCAAAAUAUUGAAUUCAGGAUAUUGGAAAGCUAAAAUCUUGAAAUUGGCAAUAAUAAGGAAUUCAGGAUUUUGAUAAGCUUAAAUCUUGAAAUCGGCCAAAAUUUUGAAUUUAGGAUUUUGGAAAGCUAAGAUUUUAAAAUCGCACAAAAUCUUGAAUUCAGGUUUUUGGAAAGGUAGGAUCUUAAAAAGGGCAAAAUCUUGAAUUCAGGAUUUUGGAAAGCUAAAAUCUUGAAAUCGGCCAAAAUCUUCAAUUCAGGAUUUUGGAAAGCUAAAAUCUUGAAAUCGGCCAAAACCUGGAAUUCAGGAUUUUGUAAUGCUAAAAUCUUAAAAUCGGCUAAAAUCUUGAAUUCAGGAUUUUGGAAAGCUAAGAUCUUAAAAACGGCCAAAAUCUUGAAAUGAUUAUUUUGGAGAGCUAAAAUCUUGAAAUCGGCCAAAAUCUUGAAUUCAGGAUUUUGGAAAGCUAAAAUCUUGAAAUCAGCCAAAAUCUGGAAUUUAGGAUUUUGGAAAGCUAAAAUCUUGAAAACGGCAAAAAUCUUGAAUUCAGGAUUUUGGAAAGCUCAAAUUUUAAAGUCGGCGAGGAUCUUGAAUUCAGGAUUUGGGAAAGCUACAAUCUUGAAAUCGGCGAAAAUCUAGAAUUCAGGAUUUUGGAAAGCGAAAAUCUUGAAAUCGGCGAAAAUCUUGAAUACAGGUUUUUGGAAUGCGAAAAGCUUGAAAUCGGCCAAAAUAUUGAAUUCAGGAUUUUGGAAAGCUAAAGUCUUCAAAUGGGCCAGAAUCUGGAAUUUAGCAUUUUGGAAAGCUAAAAUCUUGAAAUCGGCUAAAAUCUCUAAUUCAGGAUUUUAGAAAGCUAAAAUCUUGAAAUGGGUCAAAAUAUUGAAUUGAGGAUUUUGGAAAGCUAAAAUUAUGAAAUAGGCCAAAAUCUUGAAUUCAGGAUGCUGGAAAGCUAAGAUCUUGAAGUGGGCAAAAUCUUGAAUUCUCUAUUUUGGAAAGGUAAAACCUUGAAAUCGGCCGAAAUCUUCAAUUCAGGAUUUUGGAAAGCUAAAUUCUUGAAAUCGGCCAAAAUCUUGAAUUCAGGAUUUUGGAAAGCUAAAAUCUUGAAAUCGGCAAAAAUCUUGAAUUCAGGAUUUUGGAAAGCUAAGAUCUUGAAAUCAGCCAAAAUCUGGAAUUUAGGAUUUUGGAAAGCUAAAAUCUUGAAAACGGGCAAAAUCUUGAAUUCAGGAUUUUGGAAAACUAAAAUCUUGAAUUCAGGAUUUUGGAAAGCUAGGAUCUUGAAAUGGGCAAAAUCUUGAAUUCUGGAUUUCGGAAAACUAAAAUCUUGAUAUCGGUUAAAAUCUUCAAUUCAGGAUUUUGCAAUGUUAAAAUCUUGAAAUCGGCAAAAAUCUUGAAUUCAGGAUUUUGGAAAGCUAAAAUCUUGAAAUCGGCCAAAAUCUGGAUGUCAGCAUUUUGGAAAGCUAAAAUCUUGAAAUCGGCCAAAAUCUUCAAUUCAGGAAUUUGGAAAGCUAAAAUCUUGAAAUCGGCGAAAAUCUUGAAUUCAGGAUUUUCGAAAGCGAAAAUCUUGAAAUCGGCGAAAAUCUUGAAUACAGGUUUUUGGAAUGCGAAAAUCUUGAAAUCGUCCAAAAUCUUGAAUUCAGGAUUUUGGAAAGCUAAAAUCUUG